GAAAUAAAUGAACUUUUCCAUGAUAUUGUAAUUUAUUGAGAUGCACCUUUAUUUCGUCAGACCCAGCUGUAAUUGAGGCCUACUGUCACCGCAUCGCUAUGCUCACAGAUAGGACUGUAAUGUAUCUGUAUUGCCUCAACAUUUCUAAAAUGUCGCUAUGUUAACAUUGUGAACAUGGGUUUCUGCUAAAAGUACCGGCAAAGUAGAGCAGGGUCUGAUUAACUUCAGGUGAAGCUGGUGGAUGUUCUGGAAAAUUGGAAUUGUUUAUUUUGCAGAAGUAAUUUCAAAAAGAGCUGUUCACAGUACAGAGCCAGAACACAGGCAGUGCUCAAAUAGUCGCACCACUUCCUCAUAUGACACAUUCCGCAGAAUGGCUCUCGUACUUCUCUUUUCCGUUUUUCUGCUGUAUUCAUUUCACACACAAGGCUCCAGUGCUGUGAGUCCUGUAUUUGUGCAGAAGGGGAAGGAUUUACUGCUGGAGGUCAUGGAGGAUGUACCUGAGGAUUUUUUUAUUUUUCAAUGGAAAGUCAAUGGAAGUAACACUUUAGUUUCAUUUCCACCUGGUAGAGAACCAAUUGUCUCUGAUGUUUACACUGGAAGGGUUGAGGCUUCUGUGAAAAAUUUCUCUGUGAAACUGAAGAAUCUACAAGAGGCAGACAGUGGAGUUUAUACUGCACGAGUGACAGGGACUCAAGGAGAUAAAACACCAGCUGGAUACAGCGUCACAGUUCAAGAUCCAGUGUCUCCAGUUGCCAUGACAGUAGACUCUGUGUCUAACAGCUCAGACUCCUGUAGCCUCACUGUGACCUGCAGCACACAAGACUCACAUCACAUCAACAGCACCUUUACAUGUGACAACCAAACCUGCAGUCAGGAGGGAGGAGAGAGGUCAAAGGUCACAACCCUUGGUGCUUCUCUCCAUGUCCACCUGUUGAAGGACUCAAUCAUCUGUAACCAUAGCAACCAGGUCAGCUGGAAGAAGAACAUGACAAACAUUCGGAAUAUCUGCCCUCUAAAGACUGGUGUUUCUAAUGCAGCCAGGAGUAUUCUGAUUGGCACUACUGCUGGGAUUGUGGUUGUUAUCCUUUGCUCUGUCCUUUACAUAACAUGUAGAAGAAAGAACCGCCAAAAUACAGUAUAUGAAGUUCCUCAGAGCAUCAGUCCAGCACAAACUCAGAGUCAGAGUCCUACAGAAGAUGCUCCAGGUUGUUCUCCAACCUCCACCUAUGCGUUGGUGAAGUUUCACAGCACACCUGUGGAAUCCACUAAGACCAAAACCACCAACUUGCCAGAGACUGUGUAUGCUGAAGUUAACAGAGCUAACAAGUCCAACCCCAGACCCCCCCCCAAGAAAACAACGCCUAGAGCUGAUGAAACGAUGAUAUAGGACUAUACCGCUGGAUGCUUAGACUGCAUUUUGGCUCAGCCAGGGUACAUAUAUAUGUGUGUGUGUGUAUAUAUGUAAAUACAUGUGUGUGUGUGUGUGUGUGUGUGUGUGUGUGUGUGUGUGUGUGUGUGCGCUAUCACAAAAUAAAUCAAUUAUAUAUAAAAAAUAAAUAAUUAUUUGUUCAUUGUGUGUUUUGAGAUGCAAAUAUGAGUGUAGCGAGGAAGAGAGAGAGUCUGUAACUCAACCAGUCCUCCCACCUGAACAACCAUAUGGUCAUUUUUUUCAACCCUCUG